UAUAAUAUUACAUUCACGAUUAUGUCACAACGAUGUUAGAACUUCUAAUGAGACUUUAAAAAUUACGUAUAAAAAGUCACAUUAUAUCCUCUAUUAACUAUAAUAUUUCUGAAUUCUUCUGCUUGAUAUGCAGAAUUUCAUUAAAAUGUUAUAACAUUAGUCACCACUCGAAGAAUACGCGGACAUAAUAGAACUAUAGAAGGUACAAAAAAACUUAUUCGUCAAACUUAUGAUGUACUGCAAUAAAAUAUUUUUCAUCUCUUGUAUUUUAGACCAGAUAUACUAUACGAUUUCCAUGAAGUUAUAUGCUUGUAAAGUUUUUUUCUAGGAUACCAGCAGCAGUAAUCAAUUGGGGAUAGCGUUUUCAAUAUUUAAUGGCGCGUUCAACAUACAAGUCAAGUUUUCGAAAGAGGGUGAAUAUUGCUUCACAUUAUGAUAAGAAGAGCGAGGUAACUGUUCACAGUAAUAGUUUUGAACAUGGACAUUACAGAACCUUCUGGUUACAAAGAUUUCGUAUGGGCAGUUGAAAUACAUCGCGUAAGCUUUGAAAUUAUGGGUUUAUGGCCCAAAGGUGACAAAUUUGAAACGAGUAAUUUAUGGUCAAAACUUCGCGUAGGCAUUAUUUUAAGUCUAAUAACGUUUGUUACCAUUAUUCCAAUGAUACAUGUGAUUAUACAAGUAUGGGGCAACAUGGUACUGGUAGUAGACAAUUUACGUAUUGUAUUUCCUCUGAUAAUGUCAUUAAUGAAAUACAUUAUUAUACUGUGGAAACGAACAGUUCUUUUAUCGAUUAUAAACGUAAUGGUGGAAGAUUGGAUGGCAUUCAAAUCGAAUACAGAGAGAGCCGUGAUGAUAAAACAAGCACAAACUGCUCGAGUAAUCAUGGUCAUUGGAUACUUUAUCAUGCUAAUAGCAAUACUUGGAGCUGUAGUGCCAGCUUUUUUUGGCAUACAAAUGAUGUCAGUAACAAAUCGUACGGAUCAGCACAAGACGUUACUGUUCGAGACAUACGACUUAUAUGAUACAGAUAAGAGUCCGCAAUAUGAAUUGACGUUCUGUAUUCAUACUAUUUCAUUCGUGAUUGCAGCUACUGUAUUUAUGUCGGUAGAUAGUUUUUUAUUGCUAUUAGUUCUUCACAUUUGUGGCCAAUUAAAAAAUUUUAAAUGUCGAUUAGUUAAUAUGACGUCAUGCAACAACUACAACAAAGUUUUAAAUAAUAUUGUAACAUCUCAUUUACGUAUGAUCAGAUUUGCCGAUAAUAUCGAAAAUACGUACAAUUUAAUAAUGUUAAUUGUGUUACUUCACUUCGUUAUAGUAUUUUGCCUAAGCGGGUUCUGUUUAAUAUUAGAAAUGGAUGAAGUCAUUACGGCAAAAAUUUAUUUUUCGAUUGUUAUGCUUAUAAUUUUAUUAAUGAAUACUUUUUUGUACUGUGGUGCAGGAGAACUUCUAACGGAACAAUGUAAUGCAGUAUAUCGUGCAAUGUGCAAUCUUGAAUGGUACAAAUUGGAAUCAAGAAAAGCAAAAAAUCUUAUUUUAUUAAUGAUUCGAGCACGCCAUCCUGUUUGCAUUACUGCAGGAAAGAUUAUUCCACUAACAAUGGCUACUUUUUCCAGCGUAUUAAAAACAUCAUGUGGAUAUAUAACCUUUCUAUUGGCGAAACGUGGUUAAAGAUUAAGAUCAUAUAUUAAUAUUUACGUAUCACAAAAAAAUAAGUGUAUAUUCAACUAAAUAAUUACUAAUCACAAAAUUUGAUGUGUUUGUGUUUACGUAUCAAGCAGACGACCAAACUGAGGCUUAAAGGGAUUCUGAAAUCUUUCUUCUUUUAUCAAUUAAACAGAUCAAUUUUGUGACAACUACUCGUACGUAUUACUUUUACAAAUUUAGAGGUUCUAUUCCUGAAUUAACAUAUAUGCAAUAAUGCAUGUUACUUAAUUAAGACCUAUUUUAUAUUAGAUAAAUAUGGUGUCCAAAGCUGACAAAUUAUGAUAAUUUUACUGCUAAUAUAAAGUUUGUAUUAAAUGUAUUACAAACCUUCAGUACUGCAUCUUAUAUGAAAAAGGUUGUGUACGUACACAUGUCUGCACAUAUUUUAUAAUAUUUAUCUUUCUCCAAACUAAUAAACAAAUUUGAAACAAAA